GCGUGCCUUCACGACACACAAAGCGGACCACGUUGCCAAGGGGACCCAUAUCCGUUUGGUACUAACCUCUUCAUCUCCCACUUCCCUCUUUCUCUCUUCUUCAAACUCUGCUCCUCUCUCGCAGUAGCCUAAUCUCUCUCCGGCUUCUCUCAUGAAGAAGCUUUGCCCUAAUCUCGAUCGCGAGGAUGCGCUCGAGACGGUGCUCGAGGUCCCAAUCCCAGAAGAAGUUUUUACCACCAAGAGCGGAACCGCCAGAGCUUGGCAGAACAUGAUGUCCUGGAUGAAGCCCAGUACUGAUUCUAGAUCAUCGGCGGGGGUCUAUGGAAGCCGCAACACGGAGAUCCAACUUUUGUUGGGCGUCGUCGGGGCCCCGUUAAUCCCUUUCCCUAUCAACUCCGAGAGCCAGCCCAUUAGUCGUGGCAUUAAAGACCUGCAUAUUGAGGCGUCCAUGGCGAAAUACAUAGUGAAACAGUAUGUGGCGGCGGUGGGAGGAGAGCGUGCGUUGAAUUCGAUAGAAAGCAUGUACGCGAUGGGGCAAGUGAGAAUGGGGACAUCGGAGUUUGGCGCAGGGGAAGGGCACGUGAAUGGUGGAAAGAAGUUGGUGAAGGUGAAGAAGGCAGAGACAUCGACAGAGAUGGGAGGGUUCGUCGUGUGGCAGAAGCGGCCGGAGCUAUGGUGCUUGGAACUGAUGGUUUCUGGUUACAAGAUCAGCGCCGGGAGCGACGGAAAUGUAGCAUGGAGGCAAACCCCUUGGCAUCACUCUCAUGCUUCUCGUGGCCCACCAAGACCUCUCAGGCGCUUCCUACAGGGCCUUGAUCCAAGAUCGACAGCCACUCUGUUCAUGAACUCUGUAUGCAUAGGUGAGAAGACAGUGAACAACGAGGACUGUUUCAUAUUAAAGCUGGAAGCCGAAUCCUCAGCACUUCGAGCAAGAAGUAGCAGCAAUGUAGAGAUAAUACGGCACACUAUGUGGGGCUACUUCAGUCAAAGAACUGGCUUGCUGGUACAACUAAAAGACUCGCACUUACUUAGAAUCAAAUCCUCCGGGAACGACGGCGUAUUCUGGGAAACCACCAUGGAAUCGGUGAUACAAGAUUAUAGGAACGUAGAUGCCAUAAAGAUAGCACACGCAGGGAAGAGUUCGGUGUCCCUGUUUAGGUUUGGGGAAGGACCUGAGAGUAAUUCGAGGACGAGAAUGGAAGAGGCUUGGGAGAUUGAAGAAGUGGAUUUUAACAUCAAGGGCUUGUCCAUUGAUUGCUUCCUGCCUCCUAGCGAUUUGAAGAAAGAGGAAGAGAAAGGGGAACCUGAGUGUGGAGUGGUCCAAAGCAAUCCCAGGUUGCCGUUUAAGAUUCGUUCUGCUUCUUUUAGGAUUAGCACUUCUAAAGUGGCAGCGAUUAACGUGGAUGAUUCAAGUCCCAGUGAUAGCGACGAAGGCCUGUAAAUCUGCUGUCCUUUUGACAUUUUGUAAAUAGAACAGCAUCUCACACGGUACACAUGUUCAAAGUAUAAGAUGAGCUAUAAAUGUUGGGAAAAAACAAGUAAAUAAAUUUAAAAAACUGAGAGAGAGAGAGAGAGAGAGAGAGAGAGAGAGAGAGAGAGAUUUUAUCUGAUAAUUGAAAAGGAGAUUUUCAAUAAGAA